UUAAAGAUGGGUUCCCUUAUUUUAAUAUUAAAGAUGGGUUCCCUUAUUUUAAUAUUAAAGAUGGGUUCCCUUAUUUUAAUAUUAAAGAUGGGUUCCCUUAUUUUAAUAUUAAAGAUGGGUUCCCUUAUUUUAAUAUUAAAGAUGGGUUCCCUUAUUUUAAUAUUAAAGAUGGGUUCCCUUAUUUUAAUAUUAAAGAUGGGUUCCCUUAUUUUAAUAUUAAAGAUGGGUUCCCUUAUUUUAAUAUUAAAGAUGGGUUCCCUUAUUUUAAUAUUAAAGAUGGGUUCCAUUAUUUUAAUAUUAAAGAUGGGUUCCCUUAUUUUAAUAUUAAAGAUGGGUUCCCUUAUUUUAAUAUUAAAGAUGGGUUCCCUUAUUUUAAUAUUAAAGAUGGGUUCCCUUAUUUUAAUAUUAAAGAUGGGUUCCCUUAUUUUAAUAUUAAAGAUGGGUUCCCUUAUUUUCAUAUUAAAGAUGGGUUCCCUUAUUUUAAUAUUAAAGAUGGAUUCCCUUAUUUUCAUUUAUGAAAAUGAAAAUGCUAAUACUUAUAUGAAUAGAAAGUAG